AUGGCCACUGUGGGAGGAGAAGAAGCGAUAGCACAACGCAUUUUACGCGUUACUGACGUUGUAGAGGAACCGCUGGAAUUUCUUGCACCCAUUAGUGGUUACGGGAAAGAGUCUCUUGUUACACUUGAAGAAGCAGUCAAACCACUAGUUCCAAUUUUACCAGAAAUUCAGAGUCACGCUUAUGUCGCCAAACAAAGAUGUAAGAAACCUGCCGAUGAAUUGACACAAGAUGAAUCGGCCUCAAUUAUGCUUUACACGAUGGGAUGGGAUCCACUUGACGAGUGCCUCUACAUGGCCUUGAAUAAUACAUUACGAGCACGGAAUCGGCAAGAAAAACUCAAACCGUGGUAUCUUUAUUUGAGACUUUUUCUAAAUGCACUUCUCCGUCUUCCACUACGAUCUACAACUUCAUACAGAGGUGUUAAAUUAGAUCUAAGCAAACGCUACAUUGAAGGAGAAACAAUUGUCUGGUGGGCUUUCUCAUCUUGUACAACAUCUAUUGGUGUAUUAAAAUCAGAACUAUUUAUGGGAAAUACAGGCGCCAGAACAAUGUUUACCUUACAAUGUAAAUCAGCUAGGGACAUUAGCAAGCAUUCGUAUUAUGCAGCUGAAGACGAAGUACUGCUUAUGGCUGCAACUCAAUUUAAAGUAAUCAGUUCCCUUGAUCAAGGUGAUCUUCACAUUAUUCAACUAGAGGAAACUCUUCCACCGUUUUCACUCUUACAACCAGUACCAGUUGUUGUUCCAUCACCAAUCAAUCCAACUUCUCUCAUUCCACCCAAAGUGGAAAAUUCGAAACGAGUGAACGAUCAGUCAUGUGUUAUCGGUCAAGAUACUCAGAUCUCAUGGAAGUUCAGUGGCAUCGAGAAACCACGAGUGACAUGGUUCUUCAAUAGUCAACCACUUCCAACCAACGAUCGCUUUCAAGUGGCUGAGUCUGAUGAUGGAACAUCGACCCUAUCGAUUCGUCAAGUUGAACUUGCCGAUCAAGGUGUUUAUACUGCUCGAGCAACCAAUGCUAUUGGGGAAGCUGAAGCUAAAACAACAUUGAACAUUGCUUGCAUCAAACCUGUCAUCAAUACCAAUCUCAAUGUUGCACUGCAAGUCACAAAAGGCGAAACCAUGACACUCAAAAUCGGCGUCAAUGGAACACCGAAACCUGACAUUGUCUGGAUGAGGGACAACGAUGAACUCACACCCAACAUUCAUAUUCAAGUGACAACACCGACUGGUGAUGAUGAUACAUAUACACUGACCAUCUUGAAUAUACAACCAGAAGACCAAGGAGAUUAUUCAGCCAAGAUUUCCAAUGUUGGUGAAUCACUCAAAUCCAAUAAGUGCAAAGUCACUGUUUCGAAAUCGCCAGUGUUUGUUGUCAAGCCGACAACACAAAAAGUGAAACAAGGUGUGACAGCAAUAUUCGUAACGAAGGUUGAUGGAUAUCCAACACCGACUAUUACAUGGGUGCUCAAUAGAAAACCAUUGACAGCGGAAGAAGGUUCGCAAGUGCAGUUCAAUACUGUGACUGGUGAAGCCAAGUUGUCCAUUUCGAACGUCGAUCUGCAACAACAUGCAGGUUCGAUUACUUGUCGUCUCGAGAAUUCUCAUGGCUAUCAAGAAGAAACUGUUCAACUUGCUGUUCUUGUUGCACCAAUAAUCACUGCACAGUUGCCCAACGAGCAAGAAAUUGUGAGUGGACGAGAUGUCACAUUGAAAGUGGUCGUGCGAGGAUCACCACAGCCAUCUGCUCAAUGGUUCUUCAAAGAUAGACCCAUUGGAACGGACAAUGCAUCAAUAGACGAGGAGAAGGGUGAAUAUCAGUUGCUGAUCAAACAGACAACAGUGGUACAGAAUGAAGGAACCUAUCGAGUCGUGUUGAAGAACGAAGUUGACGAAGUACAAUCGACUCCAUGCCUACUUACAGUACUGGAGCCAGUAAAAUUGACAAGAGUGAAACCAACAUCAAAUGUCAUUGACUUGGAAGAAGGCAAAGCAUUCGACAUCACCAUGGACGUGAGUGGCAAGGAAAGACCGGAAGUUCAACUGACAAAAGACGACAAAGCAAUAAAGUUUACAAGUGUGGAAACAACGCGAUACACAUUCUCAGUGGCCAGCGUAAAGCGAGAACAUCAAGGUGUGUACAAGGUGAUAGCAAAGAAUAAGACGUCAACUGAAGAGAUGACUAUCACCCUCGAUGUUAUUGGUGAGUUUGCUUGCAUUUCAAAAAGAAAUUUUACAGCAUUCCCAUUCUGUACAUUCUCAUGAAAUGGAAACUUCUUAAUUGUCUUUAGCUGCCAUUGCGUAGUUAGAUCGAGGAUUAUUCUUGUCAUACGCAUGACAAAUUUCAGCUGCAGUGUAAAAUCGAGCAAAACUCUGCAACUGCUAUCUGUCUUAUUCAUAUUUGCGCAUAUGACAUUUUUCCUAAAGUUUAUUAUUCGUUAGUUAUAUUUGAUUAACAUAACUGAUACAAUGAUAUUUUAAAGAUUCGUCUAAAUAUGAUGCAGUUUGAUAAUGCGUCUUUCCAUUGUUUUGUAAAGCUCAAGUUUUCUCUAACGAUGGAAGGUUUAGCACUGCUAGCAAAGAAAAUUAGACAUAUUCAGGUCACAUUGAAGCUCUCAAUUCCAAACUAAUAAAUUUAAAAUAUGAGUUACCCAUGGUAUGAAUUGAACGAGAUAAUGAUUUUAUUAAGUAUUUACAGUAUGCGUAACAUUUUCACAAGUUAAACUUUUAGCAGUAUUUUUUUUGUGUCGGUUGAAUGAGAUUUCAGUGUCGAUUUGGAUUAAUCUUCUCUCCACCGACAUCUCAUACCUACAUCAACACCCGACUUGUGACAUCGCCAAAUAAUCCCGAAACAUUUUCUACUUUCAAGAAUGAGAGACGUUUUUUGAAAAUUCUCAUAGAUCUUUGGAGAUAAAUCAUACCGAUAUCAAAGCUCUAGAAACCAUGUUUUUAUACUUGAAUAUCUUGUUAUCCUUGGAUUUCCGAAGAUGAAUCAGUCGUAAGCAGUGUUUCCAAUGGCAAGUGUACCAAGCAGAAACAAAAUGUACGGAGCAUCUGCUACUUUUGAUUUACACUCUGUUGUACAGGGUGGUAAAUAAUAUUAUUCCAGGGGGGUAACACUAUGAUCUCGAAUCGGAGAUAUCAUGAAUUUUAUACCAAAUGAAAGCUCGUGAAAAAUGGGGUUUAGUGAUAGUAAAUAGUA